GAGUAGAGCUGGAAAAAACCUCGAUGUAACAUCGAUAUAUCGAUGUUGCCGAAAAUUUAGCAACAUCGAUAUUUUAGUUUUCAACAUCGAUUAUCGUCACUUGCAGCCGAAUAAAAGAGGAAGCAUCAACGCGUGGUAAGAGUAAUUGGUGGUGUUGGCAGUCAUCGUGGGAGAAUUAUGGACAAAUUUUUAAAAAGAACUUCGAAUGUGUUGGGCGACGUGGAAAACGAAGAAAACAAAGAAAUCUCAAUUUCGAAUAACAAGCGCAAGGAAAAAAUUUCAAUAGUUUGGAAUUAUUUUAAGAAGGGAACAAAUCAAACCGCGUCUUGUAUGCAAUGUGGAAAGGUCCUCAAAACAUCUGGAAAUACCAGCAAUUUGAUGCAGCAUUUGAGAACUGCACAUCCUAUAAGAGAGCAAGCAGAAAACAUUGCAGUUUCACCAUGCAUGAACAAAUUUCUUGAAAGUUCUAAGCAAUACUCAAAUGCCUCUGCUCGAAAAAUCGCUAUAGACAAAGCUGUAAUGAGGAUGAUAGCAUUGGAUAUGCAACCUUUUAGCAUUGUUACCGAUCGCGGAUUUGUUAAUUUAAUGAAGUGCGUGGAUCCUUUGUACAAGUUGCCAAGUAAGACACAUUUGCGUAACGUUAUCUUAAACAAUGAGUAUGAGGCCUCAAAGGAAAAACUCAAAAAAUCAUUAGAGCAGGUAGAUCACGUUGGGAUUACAACGGACUGCUGGACAUCUAAAGCCAAUGAGGGUUAUUUAACGGUUACAGUACACUUUGUCUUACCAUCUUUUCAACUUCACUCAGCAGUGUUGUCAACAGAGAAACUUGUAACUCCUGAAAGCCACUCUGCUCUUACUAUUGCGGAUUCAUUAAACCUUAUAUUGACAGAGUGGAAUGUCUUAAAAAAAGUUACAUCAAUAGUAACAGACAAUGACGCUAGCAUGAAAAAGGCAUGUGACUUGUUGCAAAUAAAAAACUUUCCUUGUUUUGCACACAGCAUAAAUCUUUUGAUCCAAGAUACGCUUAAACUUCCAAUGCUGACUCCAGUGUUACAAAAAUGCAAGAGGAUUGUGAACUAUUUUAAAAGCAGCACAAUCGCCUAUGAAAAAUUCAAGAAGGCACAAGGUGAAACCGCUUAUAGUCUAAUUCAGGAGGUGCCCACGCGUUGGAACUCUGCUUUGUACAUGAUGCAGCGCAUAUUGACUACGAACACACAUAUAUCAGCAGUGCUAUUAGGCAUUCCAAAGGCCCCACAACCAUUGGGAGCAGAUGAAGUUCUAAUGCUGGAAGACUUCAUUAAGAUAUUGGAACCCUUUGAGCAUGCAACGAAGUCGACUUCGCAUGAGAAGGAGGUGACCAUUUCAAUUGUAAUUCCUUUGAUUUGUGAGCUUAAUAAAAAAAUGGCGGACAUGGAGAAAAUAAUAAUAACAACUGAAGGAAAAGCAACGUUUCAGUACCUCAAAAAACGUAUGUCAGAACGCCUGAGCCACUACGAAACACGGACAGUAGCUAGACUUGCGACAAUUUUGGAUCCACGCUUUAAAAAGUUCGGCUUUCUUUCGCAAACAAAUGCGGACGAAGCAGCUAAAGCCCUCGAAAUUGAACUAUACAAUAAAAUGUCCAAAUUCAACCACGAUGCGCCAACACCACCAACUCCACAGCCGGAGAACAAACAAUUUACCUUCUUGAGCCAAAAAGUUGGAGAAAAAAUCAAGUCUUCCAGAGCAGACUCUAUAAUAGCUCUGCGGCAAUACCUCGAGGUUUCCAACUCUCCAGAGGAUUGCAACCCAUUAACAUUUUAUAAGAUGAGCCCAAAUGAAAUGGAACCUUUCAAAGCUACUGCAAAGCAGUACCUUUGCGUGCCAGCAACAUCUACUGCAUCCGAAAGGACCUUCAGUAAAGCCGGCCAACUGAUAAGUGACCGCAGAAGCUGUCUAAAGCCAAAAAUUGUGGAUAAGCUUUUGUUUUUGAACAAAAAUGCUGAUUUGAUCUCCUAUAUGAAUUCUGAAUGAUUGAUCUCCUCGCGCUUGGAAUGGCCUUACCGAACGAGCUGAGCUCCAAAGCCAGGGCAUCACGCCGAAGAGGCGUGGUAAGAAAUCGCCUACCAGAGAUUCUUCUAAAACAGUACCAGCUCUGGAAAACUAUAAAACAA